CUAUUUAUACAUCCCCUCUCUCUCUUUCUCUCUUUCCGGCCGCCGACUGAUUCGAGGCUUGUCUUCUCGCUCACGCAACCCUUGUCCUCCUCCUCCUUGCUCUCUCCCUCGACUUCUCGGCUUGAAUCUCCUUCUUCUGUUGCCGCCGUCGGAUCGUGAUCCGAGACAGCAGCUGCAAGUUUCCGAGUAUGCCGACCGUUAGUGUUAAGUGGCAAAAAGAAGUCUUCCAAGCUGUGGAAAUUGACACCAGCCAACCUCCUCUUGUAUUUAAAUGCCAGUUAUAUGCUUUAACUGGCGUACCUCCUGAGAGGCAAAAGAUCAUGGUCAAGGGUGGCCUUUUGAAGGAUGAUGCUGAUUGGGCAACUUUAGGUAUUAAAGAGGGACAAAAACUGAUGAUGAUGGGCACAGCAGAUGAAAUAGUGAAAGCUCCAGAAAAGGGUCCUGUAUUUAUGGAAGACUUGCCAGAAGAGGAACAAGUAGUAGCAGUUGGUCACAGUGCUGGUCUUUAUAAUCUGGGAAACACGUGUUACAUGAACUCUACAUUACAAUGUUUACAUUCUGUACCUGAGUUGAAGUCUGCACUCUUGAGCUAUACCAACUCAGGGAGAAACACUGAGCUAGAUCAGUACUCACAUCUACUGACAGUUGCAACUCGAGAUCUUUUUAGUGAACUUGAUAAGAAUGUCAAGCCCGUUGCACCAUUGCAGUUCUUAUCGAUUUUGCGAAAAAAGUAUCCUCAAUUUGCACAGCAGCAUAAUGGAAGUUAUAUGCAACAGGAUGCUGAAGAAUGUUGGACCCAACUUAUGUAUACACUCUCACAAUCUCUUAGAUCAACAGAUUCGGAUUCAAGUGAGGCAUUGACAGCAGUGAAGACACUGUUUGGUAUUGGUUUUGUCAACAGGGUCUUCUGUGCUGAAAGUGGUGAAGAAAGCUUUGAGAAUGAAUCAGUGUAUGCACUAAAAUGUCAUAUCUCACAAGAGAUAAACCAUUUGCACGAAGGACUUAAAUGUGGCCUAAAGUCAGAGCUUGAGAAGACUUCUACAUCCUUAGGGCGUUCUGCAAUGUUUUCAAAAGAAUCACGUAUUAGUGAAUUGCCUAGGUACUUAACCGUUCAAUUUGUUCGCUUCUUCUGGAAAAGAGAGACAAAUCAAAAGGCGAAGAUAUUGAGGAAAGUUGAUUAUCCUUUGGAACUCGAUGUUUAUGAUUUCUGCUCAGAUGAGCUCCGUCAAAAGCUUCAAGCUCCCCGUCAGGCUCUACGAGAACUAGAAGAUGUCAAGCUUGGAAUUAAAGUGGAAAACAACAAAAAGGAAAAUAAAGUCGAUGCGCCUAAAUUGAAGGAGGGAUCAUCCAAUGAAAUUGGAGAACCAUCUGGGGUCAUUGAAAGAGGAAAAGUGCAAUUAACUGGAAUUUACGAUUUGGUUGCUGUGCUCACUCACAAGGGAAGGAGUGCUGACUCCGGGCACUAUGUUGCCUGGGUAAAACAAGAUACUGGAAAAUGGAUCCUAUUUGACGAUGACAAUCCAUCCACGCAAAGGGAAGAAGAUAUUACAAAGCUGUCGGGAGGCGGUGAUUGGCACAUGGCGUACAUCUGUAUGUAUAAAGCCAGAGUGGUUUAACAGAACCAAGAAUUUUAAAGAAACGAAAGAUGAAAAAACUUGUGCCGAUAAACAUUUCAUAGAUUGUCUAUUGUUUUUUUUUUAUGUACGGAUCCUUGUUUCUUAUCACUUAAUUUUAUGUUUCUGAAUUAUAGUAUACAUAAUACUAUUUUUUUUUUAUGUAGUUCUUACAUUUAAGAGUUGAUGAGUGAAUCGUUGGUUUCUGAUGGAAA